AAAACUGAAAAAAAACACAAAAAAACACUGCUGUUGCUAUAGCGUCUUACAUUCCGAAACCCUGACCCAGAUAUGGUGAUUCCACCACCAGUCAAGACUCAAAGAAUUACAAACUAUCUGAAACCGUAUCUCUUGAGGAUGCACUUUUCAAACAAGUAUGUUAGUGCCCAGGUGAUUCAUGCACCAACUGCAACCGUUGCCUCUUCUGCAAGCUCACAGGAGAAGGCUAUACGAGAAGCCUGGACCAACACAAAACAAAGCACCAGAGACGUUGCUGCUGCUGCUAAGAUUGGAAAGCUUUUAGGUGAGAGGUUGCUACAAAAGGACAUCCCAGCCGUUUCUGUUUUCUACAAAAAGGAUCAAAGAUAUCAUGGUAAGGUGAGAGCAGUCAUUGAUUCUCUAAGGGAAGCAGGUGUUAAGUUGCUUUAAGUUUCAUAUAAUUGUAUUUUUAUAAUAAAAUUUGGAAAUGAAUCAUGUCAUCUGGAUAUUAGAAAGUUAUGGAUGGCUCGUCUAUGUCCGUAUAACGUUGUCUUCUAUAAUACUAAAACGCAUCCGUGGUGACUUAGGAUGACUCGAUUUUGUUCAA